UGUAAAAUUUGACCAUGUCAAAACCACGGAAAACCUCGGCAAAACGUGGGGAAGAUACCCGAUACCGGGAAGGACUUGGUCCUCCAGAAAGGGCGAGGUAUAAAGAUAAAUUAAACCUUUUAGGUGGCCAUGAUCCGUACGAGCUGGAGCAAACAACGUGGACCACGGAUGACCCGACUAUUCUGCCAAAGAUUCAAUAUCCUGACAUCGUGAAUUACCUAAUUUUUUCCCCAAGCCCAUACACAGCUGAGGAUCUAAAAGCCUACAAAGGUUUGGAAGCUUAUAACCAGAUGGUGUGCGGAUGGGUGAGAGAGCUGAUGUAUCAACAACUCCAUGAACGGUGCAUCGUGAAAGCUAAGGUGCUUCAUUCUCAGUCAAUAAGAGAAACCCCUCUGGAACCAUGGGUCAUUGCUGAGAAGUCGGGUCGGAUUCUUGGAGCCCACUGUACGUGUGUUGCUGGUCUCGGAGAAGUGUGCACACACGUUGCUGCAUUGUUGUUUCUGAUUGAAGAAAUUAUAAACUUGAGGGACUCAAAGACAGUGACCCAGGAAAAGGCAUAUUGGAUGUUGCCUACUGCCUUGUCAAAGGUGGAGUACAAGGAGUGUGAAAAUAUUGACUUCACUGCAGCUAAGACCUAUAAAGUAAAAUAGCAGAGAGAAAUAGUGGUGGUCAUGUACACAAACAAACACAACAAAGUGCUAGUGAUCACUCUAUCAAAAUAAGUAAAACACCAAAGCCAACUAGUCAUGAAUUGUCGUCAUUAUUUAGUGCUUUAAGCACAAGUGGAACAAAAUCUGCUAUUUUGUCACUGAUAGAGCCUUAUUCAGACAGUUUUAUUCCAAAACCCAUAGGUGAAAACUUUCCAGUGGUGUUGACUGAAUUGCGAAACGAAGGAGCAGUUCACAUGGACUACAGUGAUGUUUUGUCUAUUUGCAAUGAUAUUAAUAUUUCAGUAUCUGAGGAGCAAGCAAGGGCAGUUGAGGUAGCUACAAGGGAUCAAGCUUCCUCUAAACUAUGGUUUAGAUUCCGUGCUGGCCGAAUUACAGCAUCUAAAAUGAAAACUGCAUGCUGCACUGAUCCAAACAAACCAGCACAGAGCCUCAUCAAAAGUGUAUGCUAUCCUGAGUCAUACAAAUUCACCUCAAAAGCCAUGACCUGGGGAUGUGAUCACGAGACAUUUGCACGUGAUAUCUUCAUAAAUGACCAUAAGAAACGUCAUGAAAAUGUGAAAGCGGAAAACACAGGUUUCUUUAUAAAUCCAAGUGUGCCGUUCUCGGGAGCUUCCCCAGAUGGACUUGUUUCUUGUGAUUGUUGUGGUGUCAGUGUAAUUGAAGUUAAAUGUCCUUUCUGUGUCAAAAACGACAUGGUAGAUUGUGUAUCCUACUUGGAGAAAGAUGAUGAUGGAAAACUAAAACUAAAUAGAAAGCAUCAGUAUUUCUACCAGGUGCAAACUCAACUUGGAGUGUGCAAACUGGAAUCUGCCUAUUUUGUUGUUUGGACAGAGAAAGAUUUGCAUGUUGAACUAAUUACAUUUGAUGAAGAGUUCUGGGACACGAUAUGCAAGAAAAGCAAGCGCAUUUUUGACACAGCCAUUAUGCCAGAGUUAGUUGGCAAAUACUACACUAGGCUUUCAUCUACCAUGGCUGGUUCCUCACAACCUGAUGUAGCUAUAUCUGUUUCUUCAGAGCCUUUAGUAGCCUUAUCUCUUUCCUCACAACCUGGGGCACAUGCCUCUGAUGAAUCACAUGGUUCUGAUUGUGCCACAAGUGCCAGUCAGCAAGAACAGACCUACUGCUUCUGUGACCAGGUUGAAUUUGGUAAAAUGAUUUGUUGUGAUUAUGACAAAUGUCAGAUUCAAUGGUUUCACUAUUCAUGUGUUAAUGUUCAAGUUGCACCUAAAGGUAAAUGGUAUUGUCUUAACUGCCGUAAGUUACCUCAGUUUUUGUCAAAAAGGGCCAGGGCAAGUAAAAAAACGUAGAAAAUGAAAGGUAAAAAAAAAACCAGUAGGCCACUGUUGUGUAGUUAAGCACUGCAUGCAUUUUGUUGUUAUACUGGU